AUGAUACUGUACCGUGGAUUAUGCCUAAGGGGUUCAGGUGGUUUCAUACCUAGAAGAUUCAUAUCGAACCCAAAGAUGAAAUUAAAUACAAAUUCAUCUCAAGAAUCAAAUCAAACAUUAACAUUUGAAGGUAAUACAAAUCUUGUUGGCACACCUGAAGAAAGAAUGAAGAAUGUUUUCGGUGGUAGAAUUAAAGGUGAUGCACGUCAAUCAUCAUCAAGAAAAUUAGCAGGCCAACCAAGAAUGAUUGCAGGUGUUUUAGUACCAGAUAGACCAACAGAACCAGAUAAUUGUUGUAUGUCAGGGUGUGUGAAUUGUGUAUGGGAACAAUAUAAUGAUGAUUUAAAAGAUUGGAGAACAUUAAGAAAUGAAGCUGCUCAAAAUAUAAAUAAAACUGAUCAAAUAUGGCCAGAAGAUUUCCAUCCUCCUUUAGUUGCAUUAGAUAUGAAAAAUGUUCCUCAAGAUUUGAAAAAGACCAAAAUCAAAAUGAGUCAACCAAAGAAAAAACUUUCAAGUUCAGCAUAUUUUCCUACAAAAUCUACUGGAGUUAAACCAGGUGCUCAACAUGCUAGAAAAGUGGCAAAAGAGUUGGUAGAAGAUGAGUCUGAUAAAGAUGAUUGGGAGAACGUUCCUGUUAGUUUUAGAGUUUUUGCUGAAACUGAAAAAAAGAUGAAGGCCAAAAAGGCAGAGAGACUACGUAAAUUAGAGGAGGAAAAGAAAGCAAAAGAACUUAAUAAGGCACAAGAGACUCAAAGUAAUCAGAACAAUAAAACCAAUGGGCCAAAUGUAUCAGCUACACAAGAGUAG